AUGAACGUGCAGCAAUUUAUUUCUUAUGGAUCUGUGGUUAUAUUCGUUUCGGGGGCGGUGAUAAAUAUCAUUUUCAUCUAUGUGAUUAGAAACGGAACACGAAACUCUGUCGGUCAAGUCUACAAAAAUAUCAUGACAUGUUUUGCAAUUUGCAACAUCGUGUUCGCUACGAUGGAAAUCAUUGCCAAACCUGCUAUCCACAUAUAUGGCACCUCUAUAGCUGUACUCAGCAAUGGCAUCUUUUACGGAGUGAAACCGUGGGGAUUUUUAUCACUCUGCGCGUUCAUAGGAAUGUAUGGUGUUACCACUGCUCUUCUAACCCUUCAUUUCGUCUACAGAUACAUUGUCGUUUGCAGUGAACACUACUACAAAUAUGCCAAUGCGUCGAUUUAUACAAAGUACGGGGUAGAUGCCAACGAAUUGUCCUUUUUCUGCGUCUUCACCCACGAAGUACAAGGAAACGUCACAACAAUACACUGGUCAUCUACGAUAGGCCUGGGCAUGAUCUUUAUAAUGAUGAUAAGCACAUUUGCCCUCAUGAUAGUCUGCGGCUUCCGAAUGUAUCUAACACUGAAGAAAUCUUCUUUGAGCCAAAAGUCAAUGAAGAUGCAGACUCAGCUGUUGAAAGCGUUGGUUGUACAGGUACACAUACUCAAAAAACAUUUGCUCAAAAUA